AUGAAGACAGCUAUCGCGAUCUUGAUUCUCGGACUCGCUAUUAAUACAGUUCAUUCUCAAAUGAUGCAAGCAAUGCAACAGCUGAUGGACAAUCCACUAUUUGUGAUAAGCAUGCUUAACCAGAACAACAACAACAACAAUAACAACAACAGCAACAACAACAGAGGUCAAACUCCACCUGGUUCCGGAAAGAGAAAUACGAAUUCCAACACCAACAGUGGAAACAGUGGAAAUCCAUUAGCUAAUAUGAUGAUGCAGGCAGCCAUGCUUGACAUGCUUGAAUCCAGCGGUGGAAUGUCGGGAAGCAUGGCCGGAAUGAAUCCUAUGAUGUCCAUGAUGUCGCCGGCAAUGGGCGGAAUGGGUGGACUAGCUAGUUUGAUGGGUGGUAUGGGUGGAAUGGCCAGUAUGAUGAGUGGCAUGAGCGGGACGGGUGCAGCCAGGUAG